GCAGGAGAAAACUAGAAAUUGAAAACACAAGCUGUUUUCCACAACUUGACAAUGUUAAAACGUCUUCUACCAGAUGGUACAGUAUGCAGAGGUGAUGGAUAAUAUAUGCGCUCUGCAGAGCAAUUGCAGAACGCUAAAGACAUGGAAAUGCAACAGCAACAGUAACAAAUUCCUCUUAUCCAAUAUCCCAAUUAUUAAAACCUUCUCGUGCUUUCGUCGUUCAGCUCCGCUUCAUGCAAUUUCCCAAGAUAAUUCUAUAAAGCACAAUACCCUUCUCGUUGAGAGCUACCAUGAACACCAGAGGCUCAAGGCCUUGCUCGCUAGGCUCAACAAGAAGGGCUCUUGCCCUUUGCAAAUGCUUCAGGAUGAUGCAGAUUGGUCCAAGGACCACUUCUGGGCUGUUAUCAGAUUCCUUAGACAUUCCUCUAGAUCUGACGAGAUUCUUCAGGUGUUUGAUAUGUGGAAGGACAUAGAGAAAUCAAGAAUCAAUGAAUUCAACUAUGAGAAGGUCAUAGAGAUAUUAGGUGAAGAAGGUCUAAUAGAAGAUGCGUAUUCGGCAUUCAUAGAAAUGAAGACCUUAUGCCUGAGCCCUUCCCUUCAGGUCUACAAUUCCUUAAUUCAUGGUUAUGCUAGAAAUGGCAAGUUUGAUGAUGCUGUGUUUUACCUUAACCAUUUGAAAGAAAUCAAUUUGUCUCCGGUAAGUGAUACCUACAAUGGUUUGAUUCAAGCUUAUGGGAAGUACAAAAUGUAUGAUGAAAUGGGUAUGUGCUUGAAGAAGAUGGAGAUGGAAGGGUGCUCUCCUGAUCAUGUUACUUAUAAUUUACUUAUUCAAGAAUUAGCAGAAGCGGGUUUGCUUACGAGAAUGGAGAAGGUAUAUCAAACCACGCGAAUGAAUAGGAUGGAUUUGAAGUCUACUACUUUGACUGCAAUGCUCGAGGCUUAUGCAAACUUUGGGAUUGUAGAAAAGAUGGAGCUGAUUUUGAAAAGGACAAGGAACUCAAAAGCCCUUUUAAAGGAAGAUUUGAUUAAGAAAAUAGCUUUGGUUUAUAUUGAAAACUUCAUGUUUUCAAGGUUGGAGAAAUUGGGACAUUAUCUUUCUAAAAGAAGUGGUCAAAAUGACAUGGUUUGGUGUCUGCUGCUCCUUUCUAACGCUUGUAUGUUGAGUCAAAAAGGCAUGGAUUCUGUUGUAAGGGAGAUGAAAGUUGCAAAAGUUUCUUGGAAUGUAACAUUUAUAAACAUUAUUUUGCUAGCAUACUUGAAGAUGAAAGACUCUAUGCGCUUGGGGAUCUUACUCUCUACAUUAACAAAUCAUAUUGUGAAACCUGACAUAGUCACUGUUGGAGUUCUGUUUGAUGCAAAUAACAUUGGCUUUCAUGGGAAUGGAAUUCUAGAGACAUGGAGAAGAACUGGUAUUCUUUACCGAUGUGUGGAGACGGAAACUGAUCCUCUGGUUCUUGCAGCAUUUGGAAAGGGUCAGUUCCUGAAGAAAUGUGAAGAGGCAUAUUCCUCUCUUGAACCUGUUGCCAGACAAAAGGAAAAGUGGACUUAUUGCAAUCUCAUUGAUUUAGUGGCAACAUACGAUGGAUCAGUGGUGAAUGGAUGAAUGAUACUGAGAAUCAUGAUGUGCUUAUGAUGCUCUGAUCAUAUAUUAGGGAAAGGAGAGUGAGGGAAAGAGAGGCCAGUCCUUGGCCCGAUCAUCCAAUUCGCUCCAACAGGCAGGCAUGGUUCUGUAGGCAAAGCAACUUCGGCACUUUCGUCUACCCAUCGGACGGCAUCACUCUGCAUGGAUUGACUGAACGCAGAAAGCCUUCCACUAGCAGACAAUCUUGUUUUUCACAGGAUUUCAUGAGUAAAUGAUACACUCUGCUCUGAUAUCGUACUUGAUUAUGCUCAUGUUCUUAUGAUUAGUAACAUCCAAACAGCAUGUAGUCUGUUUGAGAUUGUUUUGACAAAAAUAACUUAUUAAAUUAAAAUUAAUCUAUCGAAUCAAUAUAUUGAAUCUUA